AUGGCGAUCGAAAUUGUUGAUCUGACACAUGAUGAACAUCCAGGUGACGAGCAAAGUGCAUCGGUGGUAGCAAAAUCCAGUAUUGCAGAUGUCACCUAUUUGAAAACGUUGCAGACACCACGCAAAGACAAGCUGAAGAAUGGCCCUGACGGAAGACCAUCGGAUCUUUCGACGCCGAGAACCGAAAAAAAAUCAAGGCAUAAGACUGCAUUUUUCAAACCCCGAUCGAAACAUAGCUUCGACGAAACAAUACCCUUUAGCCUGCGAGAAAAUGUUCAGAAGACGCCUACGAAGGAAAGUCUAGCUCCGUGGCUUGAUAGGGUCGCCGCCUGGCAUGGAAGCUAUGAACAAGAAUGGCCUGUCGGCGAGAAAGCUAGGCAAAGACAAUUUCAGUUGAGGUCAACUGGACGCCAAUCGCUUGAGGAUGGGUGUAUAACUCGCCCACCUCCCGACACGUUUGAGAAUGCAAGGAAGCUCUCAUCAGUGGGGGACGCCAGGCAAGAGAGUGAUGUAGCGUCAAAUCUGGUACCGAAAAAACGCAAGCGAUCGUCUGACCGAAGGUUAACCAUGCCACAUGAAAUCCGUACGAAGAGUGACGCCGCUUCAACGAUAGCGAAAAAGACGCUGUCAAUGACACCUUUAAUACCGGGGCGCGUGUCAAAAGCUUCGACACCUCAAACUUCAGCCCUAUCUAUCAAUCCGUCAUCACGAUAUGAUGAUGGAAGCCGACGGUCUAAAGUUCCAUCAAUGGAAUCAGGUGAAAGCAAUGCUGCCCGUAGCAGACCAUCUACUUGGAUGGAACCUCAGCCGCCUUCUACGCUCCCUACAACCAUAGAUAGACCAUCGGCAGAGAGCGCAAAGCCCGCACCUUUUCAAUUACCGUCGAAGCAUCCGUGUUCCCACUUUGAAUUGGUUCCAACUCCUAAAGUGUCCCCGAUCGUCCCUGUGUAUGCUCCACGCGAAUCAAUCCCUUCCUCCAAACCAUCUAGACUAGAAGGUCAUGUAAGAUCGGUCAAGAUUGGUGGGGCAGAAGCUUCUGCUAAUACUGACCUCUCGCCAUUGUCAUCCAUCGAUGGUAGGAGAUCUUCUGCUGGUCAAGAUCUCACCCAGAAAUAUGACACAAGUUUCGAUCAGUCUGUAAUCCCCUCUUUUCUACCUGGCUUUGACCGUGGAAGAUUUCCCAAGGAGAGGAGAAGGAGAGGAGGAAAGAAAUACGGAAUUCCAAGGGUUAACGGAUUCCGUAAAUACUCAUCCAAUGAGAACGAGUCCUGGGAAUCUUUUGACAAUGGCUUUGCACAACUUCAGGAAUGGCCAAGCGGUUUGGAGACAAGGACAUCACCCGAAUGCGAUCCUCUUUCGCCAUCGAGAAGAACAGACGAAAUGCUGGUAGGGACCAAGGGUUGUGCGCAGGCAAGCGAUGGUCUGAAUCUUCCAGCAAACUCAUGGACGAGAGAGGAAGUUGACCAAGCAAUAAAACUUUGUUUGACGUUCAUAGCACCUGCGAUCAAAAGCCACCGUCAAAGGUUUUGCAAGAAGCUAUCUAAUGGAUCGCUCGAGCGAUUAGAAACAAGCAUGAUGAAUGAUAUCGUGGGUGAGGACCUUAGGAUUUUCCUUCGUGAUAACAACCCUCUAUUGACAGACAAACAAGAAGACUUCAUACUGGAGAAGAUCUCUGAUAUAUAUACCUUGAGGGCAUUGGCUGCAUCUGAGAGCCAGCAAGGGCAAAAGUCAACUUCAGAUGAUGCCGUCGCUCCGACAUUUGCCUGGGCUGACGUGCCUUCAAACGUCAAGACAAACCAUAAGGAACGGUGGUUAGCAGAUAAUGCCCAGAUGAAUGUCCUGAACGAACAGCCAAAAGUUGCCUUGCCGGUAGCCGCAGUCUCUACAACUAAUCACGAAUCUCCGGAACCUCGAACACUGUCGAAAAGAGAGAACGCCGUCGCCAAUCUAGAGGUAUUGAAGGAAGUGUUUGACAGACAGAAAAGACCCCAGGAUAGCCACAACAAUCUUGCAUCGCUGCCGCCAGAAAGCUUCAGACGCCAGUUAUUGGAUAGAUUUCCCGAGCAAGCAGCAGGUUACAUCGAACGCUUGAAUGGGAAAUCAAAAUCUCAAGGCAGGUUUAAUGAGACAUCCAAGAUUACGAGUAACAAGAAAUGGAGAGCAACAUCAAGCGGUUCAAAGCCCUUCCAAGCACUUCACAUGGCCGACAAUACCGGUUUUCCCGUUUCUAGCAGGAAGUCGACGCUUCUUGGCACAGCUGUUCGGGUGAGUGAUCCAAAAGCAGCAUUUGAUCCUCAUCUAGAAAAUAUCAUCGCCACUGCAGUGCUAGACGAUCGUUCAAUAUCUGUCACUGAAGAUGAUUUCGACACAAUAGAAAUAUCUAAUGAAGACCAACAACAGAUGCGAACAUCCGAAAUUAUGCUAAGAUCUAUUAUUAGUAAAGGACACGGGCCAAGAAGAUGGAUGACUACUCUCCAGGGAAGACUCGUUGACCCCACAAGAAGAUAUGAUCGACAGCUACCAUCCCUACUACGACGACGCGAGCUUGACCCGGCUAUGGGGAGGCCCAUCUCUAGCGACCUACAGUUGCGUACUGUUGAGCGGCUCGAGCAGUGGCGAGCUUGGAAAGGCGCUUCAAGCGAUAUAGUCAACGUUGCUUGGGCACCUGACUCGGUGUCCUAUGCUGUGGGUGCCGCUGCUCAUACCAAUGCGGAGGACAUUCAAUACAACAGGCCACUCAAUCUCCUUUUGGGCAAUAUUGACGAGAAUAAGAUGUGGGAGUUACCUGAUCAUCGAACCACAAGACCGAAGCCGGAUAGCAUCCCUACUGGGCCUAACUCUCAUCAAGAGACCUAUGAUGCUUGCGAUCCUAUGGUUUAUCAGACUGUCAAUGCUGUCAAGUUCUCAGCUGCAGGGCAUUACCUGUUCACAGCGAGUCGAGACAAAUUUCUGAAAGUCUGGAAUGUGCAGGAUGGCUUGAAAGAGUGUGUCGGAAGCUUACGGCAUCCCGAAGUCGUCACUAACAUAGACGUCGUACAUAAUUCAUCUGUAAACAUCCUUGCCACAGCUUGUCAGAGUGUCGAGUAUCCUAUCUCCGUAUUUCAUGAGCGCGACGAUGGGGUCAUCCAGUCUGAUGAAUCGUUCUCAUCAGAACGUGCCAGAGCAAGAAUGAAUCUACGAAUAUUGCCGGAAUGUAUACAUUGGGGCCCGGCGGCGCAUCAUGGAAAUCUGCUCCUGGCCGGAUUUUCCCAAUGGGAUCAGAUCGGCGACCGUGACUAUGCUCGCGAGGGCCAUCUUUGUCUUUGGGAUGUCAACAAACGGGAAAGCAUCAAAGUCACUCCCAGCUCGCAAAGUGUGACUGCAGCUGCGUGGCACCCGUUGCAGCCCUUCUUUGUAACGGGCGGAGCUCCGGGUGGAUCACUUGCUCAGAGGAAUACGAAGACGGUAGUACGCACCUAUGACGUCCGGUCUCUCUCACGGUUUGUGGCGGAAUUUGAGAGUUCAGCUAUCGACAUUCAGGACGUGACCUACAAUCCCCGAGAUCAAAACAUCGUCACCGCAGGAUGUACCGAUGGCACAUCGUUUGUAUGGGAUUAUAGGCGGCCAGAUAUGGCAUUACAUUGUCUGCGACAUGAUAGUCCUUUGUUAGAGCUCGAUCCUGAUCGGCCGAGGGGCGAUACGGAUACAGGGGUUCGCAUGAGCCUAUGGGGCCCAGAAGGUUGGCAAUACUACACUGGAUCCUCAGAUGGUGUCGUCAAAGCAUGGGACAUCCGGCGACACCCAGAAGAUGUCCUCAUCCGGAACGUGGCUCAAGUUGGUGCUGCAAUCCAGGAUGGCGCAUUCUCUCCCGACUUCACUCAACUACUCGUCGGAGAUGCAGACGGGGGCAUUCAUCUCCUGUCCUCUGCGCCCUAUGGACAAGUUGAUCAGGAUGACUCGGACGAUGAUGAACCCGCCAAGGUGGGUCCAGUCCAGCUCGUACGUGCACCAGACGGCAGUGGUAAAUGCACGGAAGAGCAGAACCCGGGUACGGAGGGCAUUGAUGCUGCCAGAGAGCUCGUUCGCUCGGGUCAGCUUGAUAUCCAUCCGGUGUUCGGGCCAGGAGAGGGGGAGGGAAUUCUGGGGGGGUUUGACGAAGGCACGGCCAGGAUGCAAGUUUUGGAUGAGGACGGCAAGCUCAACGAGGAGGUGGCGGGAUUUCGAGUGGCAUGUGCAGAGAUGAGGAAGUGUUUGCUGGAUGACGAGACAGCAGGGAAUGGCGAUGCAAUGAAGGAUGUCGUCCCCUUGGGCGAGCGAGUCAGGGUGAUUCAACGGGAGGAUGUGGUCAGUGGCUACUCCAAGGCGAAGAAAGCUGCUCGAAAGGCUGCUCGGAAGGCCGCUCGGGGGGCUGGACAGCUGCCUUCGGAGCAGGAAAUGAUGGAAGAGCUGGUGGAGGAGGACUACUGGUGGCCCUGGUUGGGUAAAGCCGAAAUAGAUAAGGCUAUGGGACCACGAGGUGUGCAAUGA